GCUGUAAUAUAUUUAAAGGGUAUUCAUAUCGUGUGCUUUAGUUGAGAAGAUAAAAAAAUCAAUGAUGAACGAAAGUUUAAUCGUUUUUUUAUAUCUUAAAAGGCAUUGAAAGCUUUAUAUAAGUGCACAACAGAGGUCAACUAACAAUUCGACGUUUCGAUGUGGAACCCACAGUUAAAUAUUGAUUUCUUUGAUCAGACUUUUAAUGCACGCUAAUGUUGACCGUGACAAAACAGGUGGCAUUAUCCGCCCGGAUCAAGCUUCUUAGUUGAAUAUAGUACUGCUGCGGCUGAACUGAAGCAGCGCCGAAAGCAAUUACGCUACAGUCCAAAGCGAAAAGAUUAUCCAAAACUAAUAAAAUCAGUCAACUGCAGUCACUCUCAGUGUCGCGGUCUGAUGUUUUGCAAAUAGGCACAGAAUUAAAGAAUCCAGGAUAAAACAGGGAAAAAAGCAAAGGUUGCUUCUAAAGGGCUGUUCUUUUAAAUUAGCAUCAGACAAAAAAAAAGCAGCGACCGUUCAGUCACUGCUGUUCCACGCGGAAGUGAAGGGGAGAGAUUGGAGAUUUCUGUAAUGUGCGAAACGCAAUUACAAGGGGGUUUGCACGGCGGCUGGAUUUUCAGGUCCACCACUGAGUAAAGAAGAAAGAGACCCUUAAGGGUCUCGCCAGCGUCUCAGUAACUUGACAUCGACAGCAGUUGCCUCAUCUCGUUGUUCAACGUAAGCUAGUGCCGCUUCGACGGCCUUGACCCCUUCGCUGUGCCUGAUUCUUCCAGAUUUACAAGGAUGACUGAGGCUGCCCAGCUAGCACUCCUUUCAGCAGUAUUGAUGAUUCAAGUAUCUCCUGCUGUGUUUCUACAGGAGAUCAAAGCUGCUCAGGAGACGCUAGUGAAAAUCAAUGCUGCAAGUCAGUUAAUGCAGUGCUCAGCUGCUGUGGAUGUACUGUUCCUGUUGGAUGGUUCCUACAGUGUUGGCAAAGGAGGAUUUGAGAGGUCCAAACACUUUGCACUGAAGUUGACUGAUGCACUGGACAUCAGCCCUGAAAGAGUGCGAGUUGGGGUUAUACAGUAUAGCUCCACACCUAGACUGGAAUUCUCUUUGGAUUCCUGUCCAACCAGAGAUGAGCUGAAGCAGCGUCUGAAGAAACUCUCCUUCAAGGGUGGCAGUACACAGACAGGCCUGGCUUUAAAGUAUGUUAUCCGGAAAGGUUUCCCUGGAGGCAGGAACACAACCAUUCCCCACGUUCUCAUCAUCCUGACUGACGGCAAGUCCCAGGGUGCCGUGCAGCUUCCUGCUGACCAGCUGAAGAAAAAUGGCAUCACGAUAUUUGCUGUGGGGAUACGAUAUCCCAGGUGGGAGGAGCUUCACAUCCUGGCCAGUGUGCCCUCAGAGCAGCAUGUUCUGUUUGCUGAGCACUUUGAUGAUGCAGUCAACGGUCUCUACACAACCUUGACUUCUGCCUCUGUCUGCACUGCGGUGCCAUCAGGAUGCAAGAUUGAGUCUCAGCUUUGUGAGCGCAAAACCCUGGAGACCGUGAAGGAGUUCCAGGGGAAUUUCAUGUGCUGGAAAGGGUCCAAAGGGUACUCACCCUCCACUUCGAUGUGCCCCUAUUACAGAUGGAACAGAGUGUACAAGAAGCACCAAGCAACAUGUUACAGAACUAUUUGUCCAGACCCCUGUGACUCUCAGCCCUGUCAGAACGGAGGCACCUGUGUCUCAGAGGGAUUAGAGAGAUACCACUGUCUCUGUCCUGUGGGGUUUGGAGGAGACUCUAACUGUGCUCCAAAGCUAACUCUAGACUGCAGUGUGGAUCUUUUCUUCCUUAUUGAAGGCUCCUCCAACAUUAACCUGGAGGGGUUCCUCCGCUACAAGUCCUUCCUGAAGCGGUUUUUACAGGCUGUGCUAGCCUCAGACACGCCAGUAAAUGUAGGGUUGGCCCAGUACAGCAGUGAUGUCAAGAUAGAAAUGAAGAUCGGGGAGUAUGGUGACAUCUCUGAGCUCCUCCGAGUCAUCGACGGUAUGAGUUACCGGGGAGGUGAGACCAGGACAGGGAAAGCCCUGCGCUUCAUCACACAGCAUGGCUUCAAGAGCACGCCGGUAUUCGCCGAUGUCCAGGACGAUCUCCCGAGAGUUGUGAUUCUUCUCACUGACACCAAGUCUGUGGAUCUAGUGAGCGAGCCAGCCAAAUACGCUCGAGACCGGGAGCUGUUUCUCCUUGCUGUGGGGCGAGACUCUCUGAAGGCAGAGCUUAAUGACAUUACAGGAAACCCCCAGCGAACUAUAACCUAUUCUUCUCCACAAAGUCUCUUCAACAAGAUCCCCGAGCUCAGGUCAAAGAUCUGCAGUGUAGAUAGUCAAGGGUGUCUGGGUCAGUCUCUGGACUUAGUGUUUGCCCUCGAUGCCUCAUCUGGGGUUGGGAAGGAUAACUUUGUUCGUCUGAGGGAUUUCGUCAAGAGCACCUCGGUGCAGUUUGACAUCAACCGUGAUGUGACUCAGAUUGGACUGGUUGCCUUUGGCAGGAGGCCGCGUACAGUCUUCAAUCUUGACACCUAUGAUUCGGGCUCUGGCAUACUUCAGGGUAUCAACCUGGUGCCGUACAUUGGAGGCAGCUCCUCUACAGGCAGUGCUCUGCUCCAUAUCCAUGAGGAUGUGAUAACUGUCCAGAAGGGGGCCAGACCUGGUGUUAAUAAGGCAGUAGUGGUCAUCACUGAUGGGGCUGGAGGCGAAGACGCCAUGGUUCCAGCCCAGCAAAUUAGGGACAACGGCGUGGCUCUGUUUGUGAUUGGAAUAGGGGAUGCCCAGAGAGACACUCUGCUGAAGAUUGCAGGCUCGGAACAGCACAUGUUUUCUGUGCCAUCGUAUGAAGACCUGAAGUAUUACGAAGACCUCCUGGUGCAGAAAGUCUGUGAAGAUGCCAAGAGGCCUGUGAACUUAUGUAAGCCUAACCUUUGCAUGAAUGAUGGAAUCUGUAUUCUGCGGAAUGGAAGCUAUCGCUGUGAAUGUCGAGGCUGGGAGGGCCCACACUGUGAAACCAGAAGCACCAGGCAGCCAAGCCGAGGCGAUUUCCCAAGACCAUCCGAGUUACAAACAAAGAGACGAAGGCAACGCCACAACAAGGAGCUCCCCCAGCAGCUCAGAACCCGCCACCAGAGGAGGCACAAAGCCCAGACGCCAUGAGGGUGUGACCCAGGAGAAGGGUCUUCCUCUCCCCCUGGCCUGCGCAAGGGCCUCGCUAGCUGUGGCUCUUGCCAAUAGAAAAUGGACAGAGCAGCAAGAGGAGGGCUUCAAGGCAAACAGUUGAAUUAUUUAAAGAAAGAUUUCUUAUUGUGCUGAUGAUGUUUUGAAUGCCAAUGAGUUACAAAUUAUUUCGAUGUCUUUUACUGAGUGCUUGAAAGGGGGAUGAGAAAUGUACCUUUCACAAUCAUAUUGACUGGCUAGGCUGCAUUAACUGAAACCAGUAGGUUUUCAGUCCUUAAACCUUUGUUGUUGUAUUGUUGCUGUAUCAAUUAUGAUAUACUGUAAAUGGAAAAAAAGGUGCUUUCUUAUUUAGGGGAUUUGCAUUUUUGUUUGUUACAAAUCUAGAGAAUUUCAAAAAUGUAGUGGAAUUAGGAGGUAUUAGAAUUACCCUUUCCUAAAGGUAAAAAAAACCCACACGUUUUGUGAUUUAUGCCAUAGUGCAUGUGAUCCUCCCCAUUCUCUAGUAGCUCUCCGAAGUGCGUGUGGGCACAUGAGUUUCUUUACUAUGUCUGGUGCGAGUGCUUAAACACCUGGUUAAGAAAUGUUCAGACCCUUUAAUUUGCCUUUUUUAGAUUUCCUUUUGUUUUUGUACGUGUAGCUUUAAAACAGGUACCAACUCUUGCCGUCUAGCCCAAGUAUCUGCAAAGUCCUUGAAGUAUCUGUGACUGAUAAUAGUCCAGAACUGAAAACUAUAGUAAACCGCUAAAACAUACUUACACAUUUUUCUCAUAAGAUCUAUUCUUGUUUCCUAUUACCCAAAUCUAUUCCUGAAGAGUUGGAGAUCAGCAUGUUAAAAAAAGACCAGUGUGCUGAUUUCUGUCUGUGGGCAAACUACUUUCCCUGUAGCAAAUUAAUUAGAUGGGAAUUUCUACCCGCAGUCCACCCACAGGGGAAAUAUGGGUCUUUAGUGUAUAAUUAUUUUCAAAGAUUUCCCCCAGGGUGUAGGUGCUGAAGAUGAAAGAAAUGACAGUAAUCAUAGUAUGUACUGUAAAAUUGACCUUUACUCUUAAACAUUUUUUUAUGACUGAACUGUUUUCAACAUGCUGAUAUUUAAAUGUAUCCUUCAUGUUUUUUUUUUAUGCAGCAAUACAGAAAAUCAUUUUUCUGUAAGGCAGGUAGUGAUAUUAUUGAGUUAUGGAUUUGCCUUGUCUUGGAACUCUGAGAGAUCUUGUAAAUUAUUCAGAGCUGCUCACGGGUGAUGUUUAUACUUGUAUAUAAAACAUUUAAUCUCUCUUAGGAUAUGGUAGAUUUCUAGGACAAAAUAUGCUUCCUUUAAAAAGAAAACAAUACACAAUUUGUCUUUUGUUAACACAAAUGUUUCUGUACUGUUAAACAUUAACGUAAGAUUUUUUUAAAUUUUGUUAUAAAACUGUUAUUUCACAAUA